UUCACUUUUAUUAGUCCCAUUUUUAGAGCCUAGUUAUAAAACAUGAUUGAUACUAUUGAUAGAAAAGGGAAUGAAAUCAAACAACGAACUCGAUUAGAUUUCGCAAAUAAAGUUAUUCUCGCACCAAUGGUAAGAGUAGGAACCUUACCAAUGAGAUUACUAUCCUUAGAUUAUGGGGCAGACAUAGUAUAUACAGAAGAACUUAUUGACUGGAAGUUCCUUAAAUCCAUAAGACGAGUUAACGAUGUACUAGGAACUAUUGACUAUUUGGACUCAAGUGAUGGAACUGUGGUAUUUCGUACUUGUGAGAAAGAAAGAGAUAAAGUUGUGGUGCAGCUAGGAACUAGUGAUCCUUGUAGGGCACUGAGAGUAGCAAAAUUAAUUGAGAAUGAUGUAGCAGCCAUUGAUAUAAAUAUGGGUUGCCCAAAAGAGUUUUCUCUGAAAGGUGGAAUGGGUGCUGCACUUUUGACUCAACCAGAAAAGGCAAAAACCAUUUUGUCAAAUCUUGUACAAAAUGUUAGCAUUCCUGUGACUUGUAAAAUAAGGGUGUUUGAGGAUAUCAAUGAUACCUUGAAUUUGGUGAAAAGUUUAGCUUCAACUGGGAUAUCUGCUAUUGGUGUUCAUGGCAGAACUAAAUUGGAAAGGCCUCAACAUCCAAACAGAUGUGAAACAAUCAGAAAAAUUGCAGAAUGUUUGGAUAUUCCAGUUAUAGCAAAUGGGGGUUCAAGAGAAAUAGAAAACUAUUCAGACAUUUUCAAAUUCAAAGAACAAUGUGGGAGUAGUAGUGUAAUGAUAGCAAGGACAGCUGAAGGAAAUUGUUCUGUAUUCAGACAAGAUGGAAUGAAACAUCUUGAGGAAGUUAUCAAAGACUAUUUGAAAUAUGCUGUUGACUAUGACAAUUCUCCUUGUAACACCAAAUACUGUGUUCAAAACAUGUUGAAAGAGCUCCAAGAAACUCCUAGGGGAAAAAAAUUUUUGGAAUGUCAAACACUGGAACAGAUUUGUGCUAUUUGGGACCUAGGAGACUACUGCCGUCAAAAACAGUUAGAGUAUCAGUCUAAAGGCAUUUUGAGUAGAAGGGAAAUAGGACCAGACACUCUAGAUCCUAAAAGAAAGAGGCAAAAAACUGAUUUAGAUAAUGAAAGUAUAGACAUUGAGAUGAAAUGUGCUUUCAUAAGAGUGAAUUAUGGUACAGACAUUGAUUUGCCAAAAUCGAAAAUAAUAGCUCACUGUGGAAAACACAAAUUGAAACUGCCCAAAUAUAGGGUAUUUAAUGAAGAUAAAUUAUUUAGGGCAAUUGUUACACUAGAAGGAAAGACAUACAGCUCUACAUAUUGGGAGAAGAAUAAAAAAUUUGCAGAGCAAGGGGCAGCUCUUGUGGCUUGUGUUUCAUUAAAACUAAUUGACAGAGAACAGCUUAUUAAAGAUGGCAGUAUAUUAGAGCAGAUUAAAUAAAUUAUGCCUCAAAUUAAAUACCUAUUAUACCAUGUGUAUUUGAAUUCUCAUAAUCCCUUUUAGUAGGCAACCUUUCACUAGAAUAAUAUUAAAGUAGGUGAAUACUACCUACUCAUAAAUACAUAUCUCUUCCAGAAGUUUAAUCUAGCUUAACUUGGUAAUCCAUGUCUCUAUUAAUAUUUUAAUGGUUGAUCAAUUUUUGAGUAUUGAUUCAUUAUGAUAUUCUUUCAUAUACAGUCCAAGAUAUGACUGAAACAAAUGAUCGUCUCAUCAUUCUUGGUAAAAAGCCUUUGAAGUAACCAAAAAAGCCAUCAUGUGCUUUAAUAUGAACAAUUGCUGACCAUAAGCCUUUGAAUUCAUAGGGAUAGAGCUGCAUUCUUGUCUUUAGUACAUCUGGUGGGUGGGUAAUGAUUGAAGAAAGUAUACUGGACGAUGCUGCACAGGCACCAUGGAUCAGAGAUGAGUAGGAAGAGUUUAAAAAAUCUAAAAAGAAGGAUUUAUGUUCAAAUUUUCAUGAUCUUUGCCAACUCAAUAUUGUACCUAUAACAACUCAUUGACUAUACCUUUGGGUACCAGCUGCUUGGAUUGGGAAUAAAACAUGUAAUAUAAACCAGAAUAGGGCAUAUCUCUCAUGAGCAUGGGCACAAUACCUCUGGUCAAACCUCUAACUCCUUCUGUGUGGUGUAUUUCUUUGAUAGCAUAAAAUACUGAUCUGUAACUAUACAUUCC